CUCCUCCCCUUCUCCGUCCGCACGUAAUUUCUUUUUCCCGCUACCUUUUCUAUUUUUCUAAACCCUAUAUUACCACCAAAAUACCCCUCCGCCGCCCGCGCCUCCUGCCCGACGUAGUCUCAGCGGCUUCCGCGCCUCCUGCACUCUCAACUGCUGCAGUCCACCCUCCAGACGAACUCGUCGCCGCUCCCUUCCUCUAACGCUCUCUGGCCUCUUGAAGCAAUUAGAGUGACUUAUCUCUGUUUGCCGUUUGCGAUAUCGAGCCGCCGCUCUGAUUCAGCGAUAAUCCAACAUGGCCACGGAGGAGUUAGAGCAACAGCAAAAUAAGACCAAACAUAAGGGGAAGCACGACAAACCGAAGCCAUGGGACGAAGAUCCUAACAUUGAUCGAUGGACAGUUGAGAAGUUUGAUCCCUCUUGGAAUGAAGGCGGCAUGCUUGAAGUCAGCUCUUUCUCUACUCUGUUUCCCGUGUACAGAGAAAAGUAUUUGCAAGAUGCAUGGCCAGUUGUGAAGUCUGCAUUGAAAGAGUUUGGCAUUGCUUGUGAACUGAAUCUGGUUGAAGGAUCAAUGACAGUUUCAACAACUAGAAAGACCAAGGAUCCGUACAUUAUUGUCAAGGCUAGGGAUCUUAUCAAGCUUUUGUCUAGAAGUGUUCCUGCUCCUCAGGCAAUAAAAAUACUGGACGAUGAAAUGCAAUGUGAUAUUAUUAAGAUUGGGAACUUGGUACGCAAGAAGGAACGAUUUGUUAAACGAAGACGAUUUCUUGUGGGCCCAAAUUCAUCAACUUUAAAGGCGCUUGAAAUAUUGACAGGAUGCUAUAUUCUUGUUCAAGGCAAUACAGUUGCUGCAAUGGGUUCAUUCAAAGGUUUAAAGCAAGUUAGGAGGAUCGUGGAAGAGUGCAUGAUGAAUAAGAUGCAUCCUGUAUAUAAUAUUAAGAUUCUCAUGAUGAAGAAAGAGCUUGCUAAUGAUCCAGCACUUGCAAAUGAAAAUUGGGAUAGGUUUCUUCCCAAGUUCAAAAAGAAAACUGUUAAACAAAAGAAGGUCAAGAGUAAGCAGAAGAAGCCGUAUACACCUUUCCCUCCUCCUCAGCCACCUAGCCAGAUUGAUAUACAAUUGGAAACUGGAGAAUACUUUUUAAGUGACAAAAAGAAGUCAGCGAAGAAAUGGCAGGAGAAGCAGGAGAAGCAGGCAGAAAAAACUGCUGAAAACAAGAGAAAAAGAGAAGCUGCCUUUGUUCCUCCUAAGGAGCCCCCAAAGCAGGAUACGACAAUUGAUGGAGAUAACAAUGAUAUAGCCACGAUGGCAAAGGCCCUGAAGGAAAAGGCCAAGGCAUUAGGGAAACGAAAAGCCGCAGAAAGUAUCAAUCCGGAAGCUUAUAUUGCUUCAUCUAGCGAUCAGAAGCAUUUCAAGAAGAGAUCCAAGGCAUCAUCGUAGAACUGUAUGACCUCGUGCAUGAAAUUAUCAAAGCUUCUAGUUUUUUGUAUGACUAAAAUUUUGGUUACAUCUGGCGGAUCAGAUUAGUUAUGUGUUGGUUUAAUGAGAAAAGCACGAGUCAUUAUUAUUAUUCACA